AUGGAUAUAGAUGAUGAUUCUGUGGUAGAUCUCAGCGUGAGACGCGACAGAGAACCCGUUCCGCAGGUUACAAUAAUGCCAGUAGGACUUCCUCCCACAUUAGAAAUUAGACCAGUACCAAUGGAUACUAGCAGAAGUCAAGUACAUGCUCAAGAUUUAACGCGAGAUUUACACGAAAGUUUAUUGAGGAGUCAAAGACAGGGACUAUCACGUAGUCAAUUAGAUGUCUUAAGGGAAAGACGACACAUUGAUAUAAUGCCUAGGCCACUUGAAAGUCCUAGAUCUCAUUUGGACAUUACAAGAGUGCAAGACAACAGUUCUCGAGUUUACGAUAGAUCUCGAAGUCAUUUUACAGCUGAAAUGAGUAUGUCUAUCCCUAGACCUGCGCAUACGGAAGUUGAAGGACGGUAUCCUCGCAGAAAUCUUCGUCCUAGGCAGGAGAGAAGCUAUGCCGAAAGCCCCGAUGUUGUAUUAUUGUCUGAUGAUGAGCCAAGAAUAAAUGGCUUCACCAAUGGAUUUGACGGAGAAGAUUCAGACGAUGGAGAACUUUUACCUAUACCUUCUCCUCCCAUGAAGGAAUUGAAUGAAGCUGAUCUUAACGAAAAAGAAAAACUUUUAAGAAAGCUGAGAGAAGAUCUCAGAAAUGAAGAAAUGAAACUGGUUCUCUUGAAAAAAUUGCGCCAAUCUCAAAUGAAAGAGAAUAUAGCUAUUUUGCCAACUCCACACCAACAGUCUUCUAAUAAAACGACAAACACUGGAAAACUUCCACCGCCGCAGCAAGUUCCACCUCCUUUAAUUCGGGGAAAUAGUGCUCACAAAUCAACUUCAGUUCCUCCACUACUCAGAGGACAACCUCCUCCCAGACAAAAUCUUCAUGCACCUCCGCCUCUUAUGAUGGCGCCUCAGGGAAGUACAACUUUGGGUAUAGGCAGUAGUAGAUCCUCAAGCUCGGUUUCUUCAGGCGCCGGUUUAAGUUUUUCAACCAGUGACCGGGAUCGUGAAAGAGAUAGAGAUAGGGAUAGAAUCGAUAGAAUUGAUAGGAUCGAUAGAAUUGAAAGAAUUGAUAGAAUCGAUAGAAUCGAUAGACAAAAAGAAGUGCAUCAGAGUUCUAACACACCAACUCCGCAACCCGUGAGUUUAAAUUCCACAGAGCGAACUAAAGAAGAUCACCAGACUCCUGCUCAAAGACAGGCAGCGGCUAAAUUGGCUCUUCGCAAACAAUUGGAAAAAACAUUGCUUCAAAUUCCUCCUCCGAAACCUCCUCCACCAGAAAUGCAUUUCAUUCCUAAUCCUUCUAACACUGAAUUUGUUUACUUGCUCGGAUUAGAAUAUAUAGUGGAUUUCAUCACUAAAGAAAAUAAAUCAAUGUCUCCACCUGAUCCUUUCAGAUGCUCUCAAUGCCACACCGAUUUUACGCCAGUUUGGAAAUGGGAAAAAAAUCCAAGUAAAGAUCCCAAGGUUAUAUGCGAACAGUGCGUUACAACAAACGUGAAAAAGGCUUUGAAGGCAGAGCACACCAAACGUUUAAAAACAGCUUUUGUCAAAGCUUUGCAACAAGAACAAGAAAUUGAGCAAAGACUCGCACAGGUGUGUGCUUCCCCUCAGCCAGAAUCUAAUCGUACUCCACCAGCUCCGUCGCCUAAGCCUACUCCAAACGUAACUCCGUUAGCCGUGCCCACGCCAAAGCCUAGCACUCCAACACAACAGGUUGGAUCUGGUGUCAGCUCAAGACACGGUUCUAAUACUCCAACUACGACGUCGCAACCUUCUGCCACGCCACCGCUUUCACAUCGAGAUCAUCCACUUGCAAAACUUGCAGCGGAAACUAGCAAAUUUAACACACAUCAUGCAGCAGCUGCUCUUCAUCAGCAAAUGAUGCGUGGAAUACCUCCUCAUCAGCCGCUGCCGGCACACAUGUUGCCCUUUUCACCGUUGUUGUAUCCCUAUCAAUUAAUGGCUCAGGUGGCUAGCAGCAAAGGAUCCGUGGCAGCGGCUGCGUCUACUACGCCAAGUUGGGAGGCUCUGGCACAGUCAUCUAAAGAUGGCGGAGCCCCAUCCUUGCCAAAUUUUGAUGCGGCUCUUGCCCAAUUAGAAAAAUCUAAAGACAACUCCGUACUUCCUAACUGGGAAGUUCUUUCCCAACUUCAAAACUUAAAAGAUAAUCAAAAAGCAAUGCCUGGAAUUUUACCCAACUUUGAUAUUUUGCUGCAGCAGCAGCAGCAGCUUUCUCAAAAUUCUAAAGAAGGAGGUAAUAAAGGAGGAAUGUUAAAUUGGGAAGCAUUGGCUCAACUUCAAUUACCUAAUCAAAAUUCCAAGGACUCUCUAAAAAAUUUAACCCCUGGUAUUCCUAAUUUAGAUCUCUUGCUACAAUUACAACUAACUAAAGAUAGUAAUUCGAUGAAAAAUUUUUCCGGAUGGGAAGCUUUAGCAUUGAAUCAAAUGCAAUUAAGUCAGGGGCAGUUGGGGAAAGAUAACCAGUCGAAACAUCAAAGUUCUGCUCCUAAUUUUGAUUCAAUAUCCCAGCUUCAGCAGUCAUUUAAAGAAGGCAAAAGUAACGUUUCUCAUAAUUUGCAAAAUUUCGAAACUCUCGCAUUGACACAACUACAUCUUGCUCAAGGAUUAAAAGAUUCCCAAAAUAAAUCAUUAUCAAACAUUCCAUGUUUUGAAACUCAAAUGGGUCAAAAUUUGAAGGACGCAUACUCGAAAAAUUUAGGUCUUUCGGGAGUACCUAAUUUCGAAGCUCUUAUGCAACUUCAAAUGGGUAAAAACUCACAGAAAGAUUCACAAGGGAAAGGUUUCGAAUUGCUCGCGGCGCAAAUGCAAAAUUCAAAAGAAACGACCACCAAAGGUUCGAUUCCUAAUUUUGAAGGAUUGGCCAAAGACUGUUCGAGCAAAUCUUCAAUGCCUGGAUUCGAGGCGUUCGCUCAAAUGCAAUUCAAUCAAGGCCUGUUAAAAGAUGGGAAAAAUUUAAUUCCGAAUUUAAAUUUCGAGGGUGUGAAUCAAUUUCAACUGCCCAUAAAUCCAAAGGACAUGAGCAAAAGUGCCAUUCCACCGUUUCCUCACUUCGAAGGAUUAACUCUUGCCCCAUUUCAACAACAGAGUCUGAGCGGGAGUUCAAAGGAUAAAAAUCCUUUUAUUGGAAUGCCUAAUUUCGAAGCGUUGGCCAAAUUUCAACUGGCACAAAAUUCAAAGGAAGCAUUGAAAAAUUUCAACAGUAUUUCUUCAUAUGAUGAUAUGGGGAGCAAAAAUAACGAUUGGGAAUCAUCAUCCGGGGAUGGAGGGAGCAAAGAUAAAAAAUAA